AUGUGGCCGCCUCCUACAAACCUCAUCUAUCGCACAAGACAGCACUACUGCACGGUCAGUCUUGCUACCCAUCUUUCUCCGUGUGUCCCGUACAUCACUUGGGCCGACGUCUCUUACAUUACCCCUCUCACGGGACGUCCAUGGUGCCAGCGUUGGACGCCUGAGGUUGCUCUGAUCGCCUUCCGAAUAACGCAUCGUACCAAGCUCGAAACACGCCUCAUCUGUCGCCAUCCCCGACUUGCCCAAUCCAUCGAGACUUUCCAACGUGGACCUAGAGACGAGCCCGAACAUCACAACCGUAACAGGAUUUAG